UAUGACUUGACAACUUACAUUUGUCAUUAUUUUAUUGGAUUCUGUAUCUUCUACAAACCAUUUAACUUAUAUAUUUAAUAAUUUAAUUUAUAAUCUAAUGGUGUGGCCGACGCAACUCGACGUAAAAUUAAGUGAAUAUGACGCUAUGGAACUGCCCGGGCAACAACUGGCGGCAACUAAUGCCGUCACUCCUCUGGAUCAUCUUCUGAACUUGGACAUCAAAGCCGCACCAGGGUGUCAAAGAAUGACCUGUAUCAUAGCGUCAAUGGGGAAAUCAACCAAUGACGUGGUGAUAAUGGAGAAGAUGAUGGCCUCAGGGAUGAACAUAGCUCUCCUGAACAUGUCGUAUGGUACAAGAGAGGAACACAUGCAAACUAUCAAGAUGUUGCGGCAGGCCGCCACUAACUUCAGUGUGAACAUGGGGAGAAAUUACCCCUUGGCAAUUGCUAUCCAACUACCCGGACGGAAGAUUAGAACGGGGAGGAUCGCGGACAGCUACGGAGAAACUGUUGAAUUAAAAACUGGUGAAGUUGUAAGACUUACAUCAGAUGAAACCUACAAAGACAGAUGUUCAACGUACACAGUCUACGUCGACUUCAUGUAUUUUGCUGAUCAGAUGAACAAGGGCAACCUCGUUCUGAUCGACAACGAGUCGAUAAUGUUGAAAGUUGAAAUGAUUUCCGCCACAACUGUGACUUGUAAGAUCGAAAGAGGCGGAUUUUUAGGUUCAUACAAUGAUGUGUUUGUACCGAAUGUUACAUUUACUAUGCCUAAUUUUACGGAACGAGAUAAAUUUGAUAUAGAAAUGGCAAUAAAAAACCAGGUUGAUAUUGUCAUUCUACAAUUCGUCAAUAAAGGCGAAACGAUUUUAGAACUCCGAAAUAUGUUGGGAGAAAAGGGAAAGAAAAUUGUAAUAGUCGCUAACAUACAAACAAUCGAAGGUUUCAAGAAUUUUGACGAUAUUAUCAAUGUGGCCAAUGGCAUUAUCAUAACAAGACAAGAAUUAGGCUCAGACAUAACUCCAAAGAAGUUAGUCAUAGCACAGAAGAAUAUGAUAGCUCGAGCAAAUAAGGCUAACGUUCCGGUUCUUAUCAGUGCCCAUCUCUUGAGUAGCAUGAGGUACAAGAAGGUUCCGCUUAGAUCUGAACUUUUGGAUGUCGGUAAUUGCAUUAUUGAUGGUGCCGACGGACUGAUUCUCACAGCAGAAACAGCAAUAGGACUAUAUCCUGAAGAGACAGUGGCUUACUUAGCAAACGCAUGCAAGGAAGCCGAAGCUUGUAUAUGGUCGAAACAAUUAUUCUCUGAUUUAAUAGAAAAAACGCCGCUUCCUUGUGACCAAGUAACAGGCACAGCCUUAGCAGCUGUUAUGGCAGCUCACAGAGUUAUAGCAGCGGCUAUAGUAGUUGUAACCACUACAGGAAAGUCAGCCGAACUUGUAGCAAAGUACAGACCAAGAUGCCCCAUUGUGGCAGUCACUAGAUAUGCGCCUAUAGCCAGGAUAAUGCACUUAUGGAGGGGUAUCAUCCCGAUUGUUUAUGAAGAUUCACCUGAUAUAGACUGGGAGCAUGACCUCGAGAAAAGAGUUAACUUUUGCACAAAAUGGGCCAUGAGCACAGGCUUCGUGCGAGUCGGUGAUCCUCUUGUCAUUGUCUCCGGAUGGCGUCAGGGUUCCGGGUUCACAAACACCACGAGGAUUGUAUAUGCCGCUGCCGACACCACCUAAGUUUUAUCGUAGUUUAUAUUAAUUUAUUUUAGUUUUGUUAUUACGUUUUAAUUUCAAUAGAAAGCAUUUUAGAAGUUUUUAUUACCUGAUUUUAUUCUUGCAUACUAUAAAUAUUUUUCUCUCGACACGAGAGGAAUACCAAAUCUAAGGUGCUAACUGUUGUGUUUUCUCCUAUGGCGUGUUAAGCUGGUCCACCACAAAGUUUUGAAAUCUUGAAUUAAAAAUUAAGAUACCACUGACAGCGGGAGAAACUACCCAAAAGAUAAAUUAAUUAAUUAAAGUAAGGAAAUGAAGGCGAAAAAAUUCGACAAUUUUAUAUGUAUAGUAGUAGUCCUUAUAAAUUACCUCCCUGAUAAAACAUUCCUAUAGAUAAUAAUAAUAAUCCUUUAUCUCUCUUAGAUAAUCGCUAUUAUAAUUCUUCUGUUAAUGAACACAAAAAAUAAAAAUAUUUUUUCUCCCGCUUUGGAAGCAAUUAAUUUUUAUUAUGAAAAAUCUCAUUUUCAUCGGAUUUUUAAAUUAAAAUGUCCGAGUUAUUAAGCAUGGUCGCUUCAACCUUUCAUUAGGCGAAAUUUUUACCUUGAGCAAUCGCAAUUAUUUCUAAUUCCGUCAUCCCCGACGAGAAUCGAAUUAAGUAUACAAAUAGGCGAAAGCGUCCUUGUCGCGAAAGCCGAGAAUCCGGCAGGACAAAUUGUGCGUAAUCUCCUAGAGUCCCCCGCAAAAAGGUGAGCGCCUCCAUUAUGAAUAACUUCCACCGCCCUUCAUCUAAUUUAACUUGUAAACAUUACAAUUUAGGCUUCCAUCUCGACUUGAUACCUCCAAAAGUGUUAUCCGCUACCUUUAUUCCUGGCAUUUUUUCUCUCUUUUAUAUUUGAUUGUUGUUCUUCUUUUGUUAUGAAUCAUAUCUUACAGUUAGUGAGGUGAGCCUAUUUUUUAAAAUAAAAAUUUAUAGUAAAUAUUAUGUAUGCGGGAUAUUCUCCGCAUCUUACCGCUUUCACAAAAAUAUUCUCAUUAUCGAAUAGAUAUCUCACAUUAACCUUAGUUAAUGCUCAGAAAACGUCAAAUACAUUGAUUGGCAUUGCUAGACGUUUCUUAGUCGUCCUCGCCCGAACUGUCGUUAAGCACCAACCAGCUGCAUAUUUUAACCUGAAGUAGCACCAUUAAAUUGGAUUCAGUGGAAAGCAUUCGGCGCAAAUUGCCUUGUUCCUGCAGCUUUGACAAUGCGACGGGCAUUCGUCCAGCGAGCGCGCUACUAUUGUUGCCAAAUAUUCUGGUUUAUGAGACACAUUCAAAACUUUGAUUUGUACCAAUGAAUUAGAAAUAAUCACACUAAUAUUAUAAAGGUGAAAGUGUGUGUGUGUAUGUUUGUUACUUCUUCACGUCUAAACGGCUGGAUGAUUUUAAUAAAAUUUGGUAUAGUUAGCUGGCACCCUGGAUUAACAGAAAGGCUACGUUUUACUACGGGAAUAUAUCCCUAAUAAACCGCGGAUAGCACCGCGGGGCACAGCUAGUAUGAAGAAACUACUCUCUAACAAAUGCCGCUAAAACAUGGUUCCAAACGUAUACAACUAAACUUUAAUACUAACUCGACACCCACACCGACAAAACAAAAUAGGUAAUUAGAAAAUUCAUAUAUCUGCAAAUUAAUUCGGCUAUCCAUUCAUUAGGUAAGAUAAUGUUUAACGGAAAUCCCAACCAAUACCAUGAUCGGUGUGUUGAUCGCAUUUUUUCGCCCCGCCCACUUGGUUACAGUUUCUGUGUAACCUCUUUUUAGCGCAGUUCGUAUUCCAUAUCAUUUCCGAUUCGUUGAUUUGUACACAAAAUAUAAGAAUUCAACAAGAUUAUGUCCAAUAAUAAAUUUAAAGUAGUAUUACAGCAAUCUGUGACAAAUAAAUUUCUUAAUUUUGGACCUUAUUUCUAAGCCAUUACAGAUAUCAUUGGAAUCUAAUUUGGCAGAUUUUGGAUUACAGUAUGCUGCUGAUGUUACUGAAAUUUCAAUGUCAUCUGAACCAAAUAACACUAAACAUCAUUGUAACAAAUCCAUAGUAAUAUUGAAUAAAAUGUCAUUUUUAUUGCGUAAAAUGGUUUAUAGUAUUUCACAUGUAUCGGUUAGGAUUAGUUUUCUCUGUAGAUAAACUACAUGAACAAGUAAGACAUCAUAAAGCACCUGUCCCGAUCUGCGACAUUGAGCUGGUGACACUAACGGCAACUGCGAGUAAUUGCAUCCGUUACAGACGAUAUAGCCCGGGACUGACCUUUGUUAAAAGUAACGUAGGUACCAGGCUGGAAGCACCGUAGCCCUCGUUACUAAAGUUGUUCUCUGAAAUGUAACUGCUGUCUGUCUUAGUUUCAAAUGAACCCCAGUUGAUUAACUGUUUGUUGAUUAAACGAAAUUAAUUAAUUGUGUGUUAGAUUUCAACGAAAAGAGGUGAUACGAUUUUAUUUAAUAGCCAGCCUGAUUUGAAAAAAUAUUCAUCUUUAAUUUAGAAUACAAAACCUACAUUAAAUUAAAAACUUGUGUAUUUCAUUUCAAAAUGGUGGCAAACAAGCUAAUUAUGGCCCGCCUGAUCUUAACCGGCCGCUAAAGCUUGUAGACGCUUGCGAUACCUUUGCCUACCCUGGCCCUAUCCACUAACCCCGUGGAGCUUUGGAACCUUACUCACCGACAGAAACAGAACACCAACAAAAGUUAAUGUUAUUUCAUUGUGUGCCUCCAGACGAAAUCUUCAAUUCAAACGGAAAAUCCACUAUGCUACCUGCUACCUCACCUCACUAUCAACAGAAUUUGAAUUGAGAAUAAAUAAAUGCAUUCGAGGAGCACGAUGGUGCAAAUGGUUAGCGCGUUGCGAUGAUUGUAUUUAAGCACCUUUCGCAGUGGUCGAUCAUUUUAUGGGUGACCAAAAAUUUACUAUCUCGAGCUACUCUGUGCUUCGGAAGACACGUUAAGCCGUUGGUCCCGGUUGCACCUGCAGCCGUAAGCACCCACCAAUUCUUAUGGGCCCGCGAGGUAAGUCAUGGCCCAAUCUCCUUAUUGUAUCCAUAAGAAAGGCCAGUACCCCAGCAGUGGGGACAUUAUUAGUCUGAUAAUGAUGAAUUGAAUUUCCUCUUAUAGAAAAAACUGAAAGAAUACCAAAAAGUAAACAAGAGUUUUCAAAACAGACUAAGACAUAAGAUGUUGUGAGCUUUUAAGUAAUAGAAAAACAAAAAACAACAAACAACCGAAAUCCACCAUUGAGUGAACAAUCUAGAUUCCAUUUAAACAGGAUUAAAACAAGCAUAGUAGGUAUGUUCUUUGUAACAUUGUAAGUCUAAAAGGGACACCAAUACCUUUUGACUGCCUGUGUGCGGUUCUAUUGACCAUUCUUGAUAAAAUGCACCUCAGCGGACACAUUGUCAUACGGUUUAACAAGUUAUACGCGUAAUUAAACUAUAAGAAGGGGCUGACAGCCAUGGGUUAUGGAUAAUUAAUACGAGCAUCACAGAUGUAAAUCAUUUUCUAUCAAAAUCUAGUUUAUCCAUUGAAUUGUUAGUAUCAUCAGACGUAAGAUGCGUACGUUACGUGAUGCUACCUCGGUUCGUCCUUAAGAGUUAUGAUAAGAAUUAACCCGCUGGAUGCUUUAUGGUUACGACUUUGCACAUUCAUCAAUCGUGGCUUGUGGCUAGGGUUAUCAACCCUACUGUAUAAUAUUCUACUAUAUGGGGGCACCAGAUACUAUUUUAUUCUAAAAAAAUAUAUAGUAGGCGAAACUCCUAUAUUUUGCUUAAUGCAUUAUUAUAAUAUUAUUAGUUAGGCAAUUAGCAGCAAAAAUAAAUUUACUUAAAAAUAAAGUAAAUAUUUUAACCACAUACUAUAUUUUUCCAUUUGUUUGCCAGCUACUGUGAUUUUAGAAGUAACGCUUCGAAAAUAGGUACUAUAUUUGAUAGGAAAAAGUUGAUAACCCUACUUGUGGCUGACGCGUCAAAUAAUUUGUUUCGAAACAUAAAGGUUAACUUAUAAGAUAUAUAGCUAUAGUUCGCGAAAUAAAUACCUUACCUGGACUUUUACGUUAGCAACAUGCGACUUCUAAUUACUCCUAGUACAAAAUUGAAUGUUCAAGUUUUCAUACUGAUUCAUUUUUUUUAAAAGUUUAAAGUAUUUAAACAUACAUUACUGAAGUUCAAAUAGUACUUGUAAUGUUUAAUCGAAAUUUUGAGUAAUUAACGUAACUACAGUUAAUACUACCAAUUACUGUGUCCUCUAGAAGCUUUCUCUCACAUCGGAUCAUAAUUACCUUGACGACCUCCGUGGCCGAGUGGUAUGUCAUGUGGUCCCGGUGAGGACAGAUGUUUGUGUGAUGAAUACAAGCAUUUGUACUCCAGUUUUAUAUGUAUUUCUAUAUAAAUAUACAUAUAUAUUUAUCAGUAUAUGUACUCUAUCCGUUGCCCUAGUAACCCAUUACACAAGCCUACAGUGUAGGGAUGUAGGGACUUUAGGGCUAGGCUAAUUGGUGUGAGUGUUGGAAUUGUUUAUUUAUUUAAUUAUAACAUGUUCAAGUUGUAACAAUUGUUAUGUACAAGUUGUGCAAACUUGCGCGCUGUGUGUUAGCACUGUAAGUUUAAGAGAGAGGUUACAUAAAUUCAAUUUGGGCACCUCUGAGCUGCAAAUUGCCUCGUCGACCAACGAGUAGAGAACCCUUUGAUUCCGAUGAGCAAUGCCUUUCUGUCGCCUACAGCGUCCGUGACGAUAUUCCCAAUGACUCUCGACUGAUCUAUUCGAUACUUAAGGUCAUUUGCACCAACAUUCUUAUAUCAAAUUUAACCCAUAUCCAGUUUAAACGUCCUAUUUAACUGCCAUUUUUAAUUAUCGAUCGCCAGUGAAAUAUAGGUCUAUUAUCCAGUUACCAACUUAUGAAUAAACGUAGGAUAAGCUUAGCUUAGUUACUCCAUGUUUUGUCUCUGUUCAUGGAAUGACAAAUGGCAUUUGAGUGACAUGAACAAAACACGGCGUAACUAGUCUUAAGCUUAUUCCUUGUUUAUUAAUAAGAGGGUUAAAGUUUAGUUUCCUAGUUUAAUUUAUAUUAAAAUCACAACUAUUCCUAUGAAACGAAAUAAGCUAAAAUUUUAUUGCAGAUUAGUUUAUUGAAAAUAGCUGUUAGUCAAUUUAAUUUGGGAACAGUGAAUACAAGUGACCCCUAGUAUAAAAUGAGAUAAAUAGUAAUUCAGUAUUACUAUUUAUCUGACGCGUCAAAUAAUUUGUUCUCGAAACAUAAAGGUUAACUUAUACUCACACCAUCACCCGAAACAAUUAACUGCCGUAGGAAACUGUUUGUUUCAGAGAGCACGGGGUAUCUGUGACAAACAACACCUGGCAGCUGAACUUUAGCAUGUCGAGCGAGUACUGAAGGAUAAUAAUCUGAAUGUACCACGUCGCCGUCACAAUCGCACCAAACCUAGCACAGUCGACCGACAACCUGCUAUAAUACCUUACAUUAAAGCAGUCACUGACAAGAUUGGGAGGAUUCUGAAGCGUGCUUCGAUCAAUACUUACUUCAAGCCGCCAAAAAAGUUCAACAAGUUUCUACGACUUAUCAAGUGCAAUAUACCCUUUCGAGUUACUGGUGUCAACAAACGUGGAUGCGACUGUGGGUUUCUCCUACAUCGGGCAAACAAAGAGGAGUAUUGGAACUCGGGUAAAAGAACAUAUUGCAGAUAUGAAACAUAGGCGCGAAAAUAAGUCUGCAGUGUGUGAACAUGCAUAAGGGGGACCAAACCAUUCCAUUAGAUUUGAUAAACCACAGAUCCUUGCAAUUGAGCAACGAUUCAUUCCUAGAAUGAUACGCGAGGCUAUUGAGAUUAAAAAAUAUCCAAAUUUCAAUAGGGAAGAUGGUUGGUAUAUACCACCAGCUUGGGAACCCAUUAUACAAGAAAUAAAAUCCCAACCCCGAGCACACAAUGUAAGACCAACAGAUACUAUUAGUUCUUUUUGUUUGCAUGAUUUAACAUACUCGUAAGAAGGAGAUAGAAAGCCUCUCUGAGUUUGUUUCGCCGGUUCUUCUCAGAAAGGGGUCUCCCAAUUUUCGAACCGGUGGUAGUUUACGGUAGUUAAGGUCAAAUAAAAAUUACAAAAAAGAAUUUUAAAUAAAGUACUUUAUUAACUAAAUUAACUAAUAAAUUCAUACAUAGACAAUAAAAUUUUCAAAAUCUUCCAAUGAAAUAACCGAACGCUCAACAAAAGUCUUUCGAAGGUAGCUCGACAAAGUAAAUAAAAAAACAUUAUUUUGACGAUGCAGACCUGAAAAGGCUGCAAAACGUCAAUAAAUAAAUAAAGUUCGUGCAUUAACCCGUUAAAACUAGUUUUAUUUAAUGUGUGAUGUGCGUGAAAACCUAAGAAACAAAUGCAGUAUUCGACUAUUUUCAGGCGGUAAAAGUACAACUUCGAUCUGAAGAUUCAGAAAUAAAGAACUGUAAAUUUAACAUUCAUAUAGUUCAAAGUAAAUUAAUUAAUAUCACAGAGCUUAUCGAGAUCUCUCAUAAAAUUAAGUAUCUGAU